AUGCGCGCACGCGCCAAGAGAGGCUCAGGUUAGUCCCCGCCUCAGGUUAAGGCAGGCUAAGCUGAGGGAAAGGAGGAGGAGAGUGUGAGGCGACGGUGGGUUGGCCGGCGGAGUCCGGAGACGGCGGGGCUGAAAGGAGCCUGGUAGCUGUGGGAUGGCCGGCGUGGCACGGCUGGCGCAGAGGGAGCGAGCCGGGAGCCACCUCGCUGCGCCUCCCCGGCGCCCCUGAAGGAGAGGCGAUGCGCUGACCAGAAAGGUAAGGGGCCGGGUGGGCGAGGGGCUAAGAGGCCUGUUGUUGUUUAUUAUGAGUAUCCCCUGAGGAAGGCAGAACAAGGCGAAGCUAAAAUAAAAAUGGAGCGGCCCCCCCAACAACCUCACGCCCUUGGUUGCGGGUUCAGAGAGACUCGUGACAAGUGGUCGUGGGAACCCGGUGCGAGGCACUCGGUGUUCAGCGCGGCGGCUGGGAGGUCUUUGCUCCGCUUGCGUGUCGAGGGAGAGAUAAUUCAUCAGAAGACGGGAAGCCAUGCUAGGGGGGCUGGAAUAGGGAGGCAAGUAAGUGCGGGCUUUAAAACAGCCGUUUUAAACGUGUGAGUGGUAAGUGAGAGGUAAGUGGGAGGGAGAUAUUGCAGCCAGGGUGGCAGGAGAAGGGCUUUCACUUGAUAAGAAAGAGGGGCAGGGCUCGUGCCACCUUCAUGCUCACAACAACCCGUGUCGACUGGAAGUUGUCAUUAUUUAUUAAACUUCUAUACCACUGGGCGGUUUGCAAAAAAAUACACACCAAAGUGCAUAGUAUCAAGUUGCUCCAGUUGGUGAGGAGGAUAGUAAUCCUUACCUUUCGCUUUCGCACAUUGGCUUCCUUCCAGACGUAGACGCUGCUGCGUAGGGUUGUAGAUCUCAUAUUGCCUGGUUUAAAAACAAAUAAAAAGUGAAAAGUUCCAGGCCUGGUCCUAUUGGGGCAACUUGGGAAGGGUCUCGGGACGCAGAGCGGCCGUGACGCGCCUCUUUUGCUCACCCGGUAAUUUCACCCUCUUGCCAAAGCGGAUUAUACGCAGGAGAGGUUGGUCGGUAGGCGCAAUGGUUUGAUCCGAGGGAACGAUCGCUUUGGGCAGGUGGGAAGAGGCCGACCCUACCUAAUUGCGGGGACGGGCAGAGGAGUUGUUGUUUAGGGGGAUUCAGAGCUGCCUGGGCCACGUUGCGCGGAUUGGAAACCGCGGCGUGGGCAUCAUGGCACGCGCGGGCGCAUUUGGUCACCGGUUGUAGGAUUGCGUGGCGGGGAGAGGAAGUGGGGAGCAGCUGGGUGGCGUCUCUGUAGCGGGGGCAAGGCAUAGUAGGGUUGGGUGCGUGGCUACACCCUGUAGGGGAGAGGGAAUCCCCCUGUGGGGCGGGAAAGGGAUCUUACGGAUUUUAAAGUUGCUGGGAGAGGGAGAUGCCGGCCUAGGCCUGGCAAAACGCGGCGAGGGGAAUUUUCCUUCCUUUCUCCCCACCCCCCCUUCCUCCAUCGAUCUCCUUCUGGCUGCUGAAGCUGCUUCCCGUUUUCCUGGCGCCACCCUCCGGCUUUGAGCCGCUCCCGGAGAAGCGACUCGGCCGCCCCAGGCGGAAUUAGAGUGUCCGGCAUUGUGAAGUCACUGGGGACCGAGGGCGGCGAGGGAGGCUGCCCGCGAGCUCCGCCUGGGGGGAAGCGGCCCGAGCUCGGGGCUGAUUCCCGGCUUCCUUCCUGCAGGAAUGUAGGGUUGAUAUAGGGGGCGGGGGAUCAAGCUCUGUGCACGGGGACUCGCUUCCCCCAAGGGGCUUCUCGCUGGGGUGAGAACGGGGCGGGCGCCGCUGGCUUUGUGUGUAUACGGGGUGGUGGGUGGGGCAGGGAGGGGGAGCUCCCGGGUGGGAGGGCGGCGGCAGCAAGGGGCAGAUGAACUGGAGACAAGGCCAUAUAGACAGAGAGGGAAUUGGGAAGAUCCCAAGGAGGUAUUCAGAUGUUGCCUGGCCGAAGGGCUGCUUGCUGUGGUUUGAAAUGUUGAGAGGGCACAGCUGCCUUAUUGCUGGGGGCGUUGGAGAGAGGAAAGUGCAAGUGUAGUACUGACUGUACUGGCUAUAUUAUCAUGUAUCUCAUUACUAGUCUGACCAGGGCAAGUGAAGAUGAGCGGUAUCUUCUUUUCCUUGUUUAGCUGCUGCCUUUUACUGGCACCAGAAGAGUAAUGUUUGGGAAGCAGAUGGCACUAUCAUCUUUAAUUUUCUUCCUCAGUGCAUCAGCUACUUUGUUCUGCCUCGCCUGUGAUGUCUAAUGACAAAGGAAAGAAAACCCUCUUCUUGGUGUGCAUAUGAUUGGGCGGGGGGGCAGGAGAGGCUCAUGAAACAUACUGUUUAUUGCUUUAGUUAAAAUGCAUAGGAUCAAGCCGUUAGUGUGUGACAGUAAACAAAAUUCUAGGAGAUACCCUUUAAAAAUAUUUUUUAGAAAAGAUCCAGAGAUGUCAUGCUUUUUAAACUGUCAUUUCAUGAAACUCAAUGGGACAUACAUAGGGUAAGUCCUCUUUUGUUUGUGGACAGGUAUUUCCAAGACUAGAUGUUGGUAAAAAGUGAAAUGUUAGGUCUUUGUAGAAUUAGAGCAGAAAAGUUGAAUUUUCAAAAUAUUGACUAACAAGCAGACAUGUAUUUCAAGCAUCAGUUAUAUUUGAUUGUAUCUUUGCAUUAUUUCUAGCUCUGUUGGAACUGGAUGAAGAAAAAGUAUGGAUAUGGGUAACCAACAUCCUUCCAUUAAGAGGCUACAAGAAAUACAGAAAGAAGUCAAAGAGUUUGAGUCACAAGUAAUAUCCUUCAGUGGUCUGUCUAGUGACAGAGCUUACAAGAAACUAGAGAGAGUUUUGACUAAACAACUUUUUGAAAUCGAUUCUGUGGAUGCUGAAGGCAGAGGUGAUGUUCAGCAAGCCAGGAAGAGGGCUGCCCAGGAAACUGAAAGACUGCUUAAGGAACUGGAGCAGAAUGCAAACCACCCCCAAAGGUUGGAGAUUGAAUCCCUGUUUAAUGAAGCACAAUCAUUGGUGGAACAAGAAAUCACAGCUUUUUACAAAGGAGGCAAUUGUGUAACUGAGGAAUUUGAAGAAGGUAUUCAAGAUAUCAUCUUUAGGCUCACUCAGGUGAAAACUGGAGGGAAACUCUCUCUACGGAAAGCCAGGUAUCGCACUCUGACCAAAGUGUGUGCUGUUCAAGAAAUUAUAGACAGUUGUACAAAGCAGCAGCCUUCACUGCCAUUGUCCAGUGAUGCACAUCCUUCUGUCUCUAAGAUUAAUUCUGUCAUGGUUGAUGUGAACAAAGCGAAAGGGACCCUUAUUGCUGUUUUAAUGGGAGUAAAUAACAAUGAGACCUGUAGACAUUUAUCUUGUGUGCUCACUGGCCUGAUUGCUGAUCUGGAUGCCUUAGAUGUAUGUGGCCGUCCAGAAAUAAGGAACUACCGUAAAGAAGUUGUGGAGGAGAUCAAUAAAUUGCAGAAAUACCUGGAUCUUGAAGAAGAAGCUGAUGCUACUUCUGCUUAUGACUUGGCACAAAACAGGUGCAUUAUAAAAAUUGAGGAAAUCCGCAAAAAGAUGAAAGAGAUUCAUGCUUCUCUUUUAAAAGUAGAGAGAGCUUCAGAUUUAUACCUGAAGUCAAAAGCAGAACUGCAAGGGUUAAUUGCACAGUUGGAUGAAGUGAGUCCAGGCAAAAAUCCUUGUAUCCGAGAAGCCAGGAGGAGAGCAGUGAUAGAAGUACAAACCCUCAUAACAUAUAUUGACUUAAAGGAAGCACUUGUCAAGCGACAAAUGUUUGCAGAGCAAACAGAAGCAGAACCCGCAUCACAUAAAGCUGUUUGGAAUAUUCUUGGAAACGUGUCCCAAAUUCAGCAAGAGGUGCUGUCUUUCGAUGGAAACAGAACUGAUAAGAACUACAUGAGACUAGAGGAGCUCCUCACCAAACAACUUCUAGCACUUGAUGCUAUAGACCCACAAGGGGAUGAGCACUCAAAAGCAGCCAGGAAGCAGGCAGUGAAGCUUGCGCAGAAUAUUCUUUACUACUUAGACAUGAAAACAGAUGAAUGGGAAUAUUAAAUAACAGAGGUCUUGUGCUGGACAUUGCUUUCUCUCUUGCACUUUACGUCGACCAAUCUCCCAUAGACGACACAAGACCAAAAGUAUAUUUGCUCAUCACUUACAGGCCACGUAAAUGUUGGACUGAGCUAUGCUGCAGCUGUCUUGUGUUGUCGCAGUCGGGCAAUGACAGCAAUCAUGCCAUUUGUGUUAGUUUUGGUCACAGCCAUCUUUCCCCCAUGAUUUGUGAUGAAGUGUUGCAGAACUGCCAAACCAUCCUGUAUAGCAUUCUUCUACACAGUGAGAGAAUGCUAUCUGUCCAACAUGUUUUCUUUAAGGAGUCAAAGUGAAACUGAUAAAGAGAAGACAAAGAGCUAAUGUCUGUUAGCCAUAAACCACCUUAGCUGUCACAUUUUUCUGCCACUGCACAGUUACAAUCCAAAGGAUUAAAUGCAAAUUGGUCAUGGCCUUUUUUGUAUGUGCAUUUGAUUUAGUCUCGCUGAUCUCUUGCCUAAGGUUUGGCUUGAUUACAUACAGUGUUUAAUAGUUAGGGCCUAAUAUAGGAUUGUGUGUAGUAACAGUUUUUGCACUUAGGCAUAAACUGCAGGCUGCAUUUUGAAGCAAUGUACUGAUUCAUAUAGGCGUAGGUUGUUUGCAGUUACACUAUGACUAGUCAUUCUGAAAGCAGUUUUCUGUUUUUAAACCAGGGCUGACAGCAUUGGCUGGAAAAAAUUCUAUAUGUAUGUUGUUGAAAAACCAAUAAAAUACAGCUUUUGAAGAAUUAAGCUGAAUUCUUCAAUAGUCAAGAGACACCUCCCUUCACCCCUCCCCCCAAAAAAUCUGGACUCUUAACGGUUGUAGAACUACUUUAGCCAAAUUUUGUGAUGUCUAAAAUAACUUGCUUCCUGACACACUGGGCAGCUUCUAAAUGACUCCUUUGCAUUUUUCUGGUUUGAAUGAAAUUAUUACAGCUUUUGGCAUGAUAAAAAAUGAAGUAAGUGCUUUUACACAUGAAUUUGGCCGGAAACCAUUAGUGUUCGUCACAGUUUCAUGUGUUGCUGAUACGCUCCAAAUCCUUCUGGACUUAGUUCCUUUCAGUUAUUUUGGUGAGCUAUGAUAGUAUCCUUAGCUAUGUGUGAUGGCAAGAUGUUUGUACUUAUAUGCCUUAGAUGUGUGUGGUCUGCUAUACUUAUAUAGUUUUGAAUCUUUCAGGUAGUUGGAAUGGCAAACACUUCGAAGUGUUUCUAUUUUUGAUUGAAGCAUAGUUGUCUAUUGUGUUAGCUGUAUUGAUUUAGUUGCAUGUAUUGUAUCAUUUGGUAAUUGCUGCUAUGUGUUUCUUUCUCCUCUGCCCCCGCCCCAUUAACCCAAUGAAUUCCCUGAAUCCUUAGAGGAGCCUUACAACUUAGUAACUGUCAGAUCUUAUUAUGUCUGACCAUAUUCCUAAAUAAACUGAACUCAUGUUCAGUGUAGAUUGUAUGCUAUCCUGUUAGUGGUUUUGGGAAGAAGAAACCAGCAUCAAUCAAAGUAUUUGUAGAGUGCAUUCUUAGUCGCAUGCAGAAAUCAGCAGUAGAUAGAAAUAAGUUGUAAAAGAAGUAACCAGAGUUUCUCAGAUAGCUCCUGUAAACAAAAUUGCUGACUUAUGGAAGAUUAUUUCUUUGAAAUGGCUUAUAAAUGUAGAUCUUGGAUUUGUAAAUAGAGUUUCAAUAUGCAAUUAAAAGAAGCAAGGCUAUCCUUAGGAGACGUGCCUUUUUAAGCGACACUUGAAUUUACAGCACCUUAUAGCCACGACUAGCUGCUUCAUGCUGCUUCCCAGUGAAGUAGUCUACCCUUCAGACUGCUUCUACCCUUCAGCUCUAAUAUGGAUAAAAAAUAUUCCUCCACAUCUGCAGGACAAGAAGCUUGUUCAAAGCUUGGUGUUACCUCUUUGUGUUUAUAGGCACUUACUUAGCAAAUUUUUGUCAAGGAAAUUUAUGGAUUCAGUUUCAGUCUAGGUUAAAUAGAACCCAAUGCUAAACAAUAGACUUGUUGGAUCCUUCGCCAUGAAUGUCUUUCCUUUGCCCUUUUCUGCUUUUUUCCAGUUUGAGUCCUUAAUGAAUUGGUUAGCAUCUAUAACUAAAAGUAGUUCACUUUCAGUAGGUUCUUUUAGCCAUAAAGGUUUUGAACCUAAGUGGUGUGCAUAUAGAGUUCCCAUGUGCCUUGGAUUCCCCAAGUCACUUUAUUUUCAAAACAUGCAUGUUUCCCCUAUUCCCCUUUGCAUACACUGCUGCCCUGACUUCAAAUUCAUUGAUGAAGCUAUUGUUUAUAUGAGAACUUCAGAUGUAUAGAACUCUCAUUGUUUAAGGAGCUCCUGGAUUCGGCUUCAGAUGGAAUGUUUACUUCAGGAGGCGACAACUAAACAAUGCUUAUUAAUGUUUCAGUAACAGAUUCAUGGUACUUAUUUUUUUCUAGUGAUUUCAGCUUUCAUUUUUUUUGUAAACAUACUUAAAUGUUCAUAUAUUACCUGCCAGGGGAAUGCUGCUCUUUAACUAUAGACUCCCAUUAUUUAUACCCAUUCCUAAGAUUUGCUUCUCAUAGUUAUGUAGCAUGUCAUAGGUGCCGAUUUAACAGGAAAUCGUAUGAUGAAGACAUAUUCCAAAAGCUCAACUCCCCCGGUUUUCUUUUUAAAGAAGAAUGCCUAUUUCAUGAUUUCAAUGUACAGCAUUUAAACUUAUGUUAAGAUCUUUGGUACAGUAUAAUUAAUCAGUUUAUGCAUGAAUUAAAAUAGUGAACUAAACAAGCUAAACCAAAAAGUCUGUUAAUGUGGAUUGUAAGAAAUCCUUGUUUUGUGCUUUGAAGAAUGUACUUUUUGUAUUCAAUAUGCAACCAGGCUAGGAAAUAUGCUUUUUUCCAUUUCAGUGGGCUAAAGAUGUUUCCUGCUUUUGAAUUACUCAGUACUGGACCAACUCCGUCUGCAUUUUUAAAGAAAUUAAAAUCUUUUCUGUAUGGAGUGCCAUGACAUUGUAGCAAAAUAAGCAUAGUGAUGUGAUUUUGCUGAAUCUUUAAACAUCAUGAUACUAUUUUUUUUCAGAGUAUGAUUGUAUUGCUUUAGGAAAAGGGUUGAUCCAAGCAGCCUUGUUCUGAUAUAUUUGCCAGCAACCAUGAUCAGUUAUCUUUCCUCUGAUCUGUUGGCUUUAACUCCUCUUUUGCUGUGAUCAACAAACUCUUGAAAUGAGUCCCUGCACUUAAGCUGCUUCUAGGUCCCAGCACUUGGUGGUACAGAUUGUGCUUUUGUUCCUCAUGUUUCUUAAAAUUUAAUUGACAUGUUAGACUUUGUAUAAAUACAGUACUGCUUUUCAGAAAGUGUAUUGACUUCAUUUUUAUGUACAGUAUAGAAUUGUUUUGGUGUGUACAAAUUCAUCAGAUAUUCCUAAUAAAGCAUUUUUAUGCUUUUCUUCUUGAUAAUUC